CACUCCCCUCUCUUCAUGUCUCAUUCUCAACCAUCAAACCACAAAACAUCAUCUUCUUCUUCCUCUCUUAACACCACCACUUAACGCACUUGACCUUCACCCACACUUUGAUCUCUCUCAAAUCAUCAUCCAGAAAGCGAGGGAAUAGUGUUGAGAGAUUCUGAUUUAUUUUAAGAUGAUGGCUUGUGGGUUAAGCAAGAGCCUUGGCUUCUCUUCCUCGUUGAAGAAGCAGCAAGGCGUAGUGACCAUCCUUGGUGGCAGCAGCAUUUCAUCUGCACCUUCACUCAGGAGGACUUUCUCCGCUGACUUGUCCUCCAAGAACUGGCUCACGCAGAGCGGGACUCCUCCUAUGAAGAGGAUCUCUUCCUCUGAGAAGCUCCAUAACUUUGGUGCUGACUCAUUGAACUCCCAAGACGAAGAACAAGGAUCAAGAUCUGGGGUUGAUAUAUGGGCUCAGAUUCAAGAAGACAAGAACAAGAAGAAGGAGGAGAUCGAGCCGAGCCAAUCCGAUGUAUGGAGUUCGAUUUUAUCCGACAAGAAGAAGAAGACAGACACGGAGACGGUUCCUCCACCGUACGUUCAUCCUCUGGUGAAACGAGCCAGCUCCUUGAGCGAGAAAAGCCUCGAGAUUUGCACUGAGAGCCUCGGAUCCGAGACGGGUUGCGAAGGCUUCUCUUCUUAUGCAUCGUCGGAGACUGGAGAGGCUGAGGAGAAUCUUGUUCUUGAAGUUACAGUGACCAAAGAAGAAGAAGAAACAGAGUUUGUUGUUGAGGUUGAACAAGAACAAGUCACGGUUCCGAAUCAGACAAGCUGCAUGGAGCUGCCUCGAGGUUCGUUUCCUCCACCGAUUCGUUCUCUCUCGAGCCAGACAGGUUCUGCUCUGCACAUGAAAACUCGUCGUGACAAUGGACGAUUGGUUCUCGAGGCUGUCUCUAUGCCGUCGCACAACAACUUCUCCGCUAAGCGACAAGACGGGCGUCUCCUCCUCACUUUUGCAGAAAUUGACAACAAAGAAGACGAAACUGAUGAGGUUCAGUGGUUCGAUGAAGAAGAAGAAGUGGAGGAAGCACAAGACGAGUGGGCCUACAAGCCCAAUGGGCGUCUAUAUAAGGUGGCACAAAAGCCUAUUGGGCCUAUUACUGUUCAUAGGUUGGCUUGUAAGCCUAUUGGAGUACCGAAGAUAAACUCGAGAUGGCCCGCCACGGAUGAGUUCGAAACUCAAACCAAUAUGUCGACGCCGGUAGUCCACUCUCUGCCACCGAGGCCAAGGGUGGCUCAGCUGGCUCGGUCAAUGAAACCGCUGUCCACAGUGGACGACACCGUGGGAGCUGCUUGCUUCAACACAUGUGAUUACUCUUGGAAGCCCACUAACAAUGAAGUAUUGGGCGGAAACACAAAACCCCAAUUUCAAGCCCAAGACUAG